AUGUUCACUAAAACUUUGGUUUUGACCGCCGUAUUGUCGGUGGCGGCUGCAGGCCUCAUUGCCCAGCCUCACUACUCGUCUGCCGCUGCAGUCUCUUCACAGAGCAUUGUACGCCACGACCAACCCCACGGCAUUGUAGCUGCCGCUCCAGUUGCUUACCACGGUGCCCCCGUCGCAUACCAAGCUGCCCCAGUCGCCUACCGUUCUGCCCCAGUUGCCUACGCUGCUCCCGUAGCGCACUACGCCGCACCCGAGGAAUAUGCUCACCCUCAAUACGACUUCUCCUACUCCGUAGCCGAUGGCCACACCGGCGACAACAAGUCCCAGCACGAGAGCCGCGACGGUGAUGUCGUACAUGGCGAGUACUCUCUACUUGAAGCCGACGGUUCCGUACGCAGAGUGCAGUACACCGCCGACGCACACAACGGUUUCAACGCGGUGGUCAGUAACUCUGCCCCAGCUGCGCAUGCUGCCCCCGCACAUGGUCUCUCUCACUACUAA